AUGCCCUUGGAAGAUAGUGGUUGCAUAGACGAAAGCGCUCGUGAGGAAGUUUUAAUUCCGGAUACUGAACCUAAGAGGGUCAAAGCAUAUGUAUUGGAGAACAACGAGUGGAAAGAUACUGGUACUGGGUUUUGUAUUGGGAAAUUAGAUAAGGAAGAUGAAGGACGCGCAACGAGUGCAUAUCUGGUGGUCACGAAUGAAGAUGCGCCACGAGAAGUGUUGUUGAGAUCGAAGCUGGAAGGUAAUAUUGAGUAUCAACGACAGGAAGAGACUUUGAUCGUUUGGAAGGAUCUGAAUGGGAGAGAUAUCGCAUUGAGUUUUGAAGAGAGCCUAGGUUGUGAUGUGUUGUGUGAGUUUAUUGUGGAAGUUCAGAGGCAUUCGGAGACUAAUAUCUCGCUUGUAGCGGUUAAAUCAAACGAUAAUGGUGUUGGUUCUGUGCAUGAGAUUAUUACGGGACCUGUUUCUUUGCCCUCUGUGGAUCCGGAGCAGAACGAACAGACGUUGAUGGAAUCUCUGAGGAUUUUAAAUGAGAAUGUCGCAUUUGAGUUCCUGAAAAAUGAAACGAUUGAGUUUAUACUGAAAUCCGAUUACGUUGGGCUGUUGAUCAGUCAUUUUCACAAGGCUGAAGCUGCGAAGCUUCCGAAGGACUUGUUUCUGCUCGGGAGUCUUGUGAAGACUCUGAUACUUUACAAUCAACGGGAUGUGUUGGAGAAGAUGACAGAAGAUGAAUAUAUUAUGGGAAUUGUAGGGAUAUUGGAGUACGAUACAGAAUUCCCAGAUUCAAAAACAAACCAUAGAAAAUGUUUGGAAUCAAAUAGUCCCAGCAUCAAAGAAGUAAUACCAAUUCAAAAUGAAGAAUUGAAGAAUAUUUUGAAAAAAUGUUUCCGGUUACAGUUUUUGAAAGAUGUUGUCCUUGUACGAUUCUUGGACGAUCACAAUAUCAGUUUUAUCCUCGAUAUUAUCCUGGAUUUACAAACAUGCAUAAUCGAUUUCAUCAAAGUAGAUCCUUUCCUGGAUACGCUGUUCGCAUUGUAUGACGAGAGGCCUCCUGAGGAUGUUGACGCCGAAUUAAUUGAGAAGAGAAAAGACGGCAUACGGCUUUUACAUCAAUGCGUUCAAAUGUCCAAAAACCUCGAUGCCGCCGAUAAGGAAACGUUUUAUAGGACUUUGGUCGGGAAAGACAUCUUCAAGGUACUCGAUUAUGCAUUUCACAAAGAGACCGAAAGUAGUUUGAGGAUUCUCGCAACAGAUACCAUCAUCACAAUAAUUGAAUACGACGUGUUGUUAAUACCCAAUGUGCAGCGUCUGAAACCUUCAUCUAAGAACUCCGAUAAAGAAGCGAAAGAUGAAAAUGCUGAUCAACAGUCAAAACCCGAAGGCUCAGAAAUCUCUUUGUUACUCAUCUUAUCAGCGAUCUUACUCACUGAUAAGAGUCCCGGUAUGCGAGAACAAGUCAGUCAAGCUUUGCAUACAUUGUUACACCCAGACGGCUGCCUCGAGAACGAUAUAGCGCUGGAGAACAAUCAUCCUGGCAAUGUCGAUCUCAUUUCUGACAUGAACUAUGACAUGCAUAACGGCAGUGACAAUAUCAAUGGCUUCAGCUCCUCAUCUUCGCAUGUGAUGGAGUCGUUUGGAAAUUUUUACAGCCAGGUAGCUCCGGUGCUGUUUCAGCCCUUGAUAAAGGAUUCCAAAGAUAAGAAUAAACUUAUAGACGAUGACAAUUUGCUAAUUCAUCUCGUUAAACUAGUGUCACUCGUAUGCACGGAGCACAACCGCAGAAUAUCGAGGGAGUUUAUCUUGGAAAACGGAAUCGUGGAAUCCCUAAGUCAUCUAAUCGAGCCCACUCACAACUUGCAAUUAAGACUCACAGCAGUGAGAUGUUUUAAAAAUAUAAUGUGCUUGGAUGAUGAUUAUUAUCACAGACACAUGAUUUCGAAAAAAUUGUAUCGACCAAUAUUCAAGUUAUUGGAAGAAAACUUGGACAAAGAUAAUCUAGCGAACUCAUGCGUCCAGGAUUUUUGCAAAAUUGUUCUUGUGCAUUGUCUUUCCACGAGAACCGAGGCUAAUGGCAAACAGCAAGAAAUGCUACGCAGGAAAUCAAAUUUCACGCUUUUGAGUAAACACAUAAUGGAAGAGUAUGGUGAAAUCUUGCAACGUGCCAGGCAGAUAAGAGUUUUCAAUGAACUGAUCGAGUUCAAUCAGGAGCAAAAAGCCACAGAAGUUGAUGGCUCCGAUGACAGGGAAGAUAUCAGCAUGGACAAUGAUGUCAAUGACAGUGCUCACUUGACGUUAGACGACGAAAGUAAGGUGUUCAAGAGGCUUCAUUCUGAAGUGACUGAUGUCGAAUCUCCGUUCGGCCCCACCACCCUGCAUACCAAGAAAAUAAUAGAGAAACUGAAUACAGUGGAGCCUCCAUCUGCAAUGUUAGGAAAACUAAUGAGGGAGUAA